UAUAGCGCUUUGUUAUGCUACGCAGCGGGGAAGUUGAAGCGCAUCCUGCUCUCAGGCCAGAUAACACUUGCCCUUCCCAGCGCUGAAUGAGAAGGUGGGAAAUCAAGUGCGAAGACGAAACGGACACACAGCACCUACACUACAGUGGAACACCGCAUUUUUCCACCUGGCAAAUCUCUUGAUGGAACAAAUGAGGACUCAUCAGGAGAGGCUGAGCAGGGCAUGGCUUUAAGCAGACUCCUGCUGCUCUGUAUGGUAGCCUCUGAGGUGUGGGAUGCUGAGACGAAACCCAUAGACUUUGUGUGUAAUCGAGCCGCCAGAAGGGUUUUGAAUAUUGUGGCAGAAAUGGAAAGUGCACUGUCUCCCAUCAGUCCGUCUCUCACCUGUUUGUCUGGCUACUGUCACCUCUUUUCCAUGUCUCUUCCUUGGCAGAGUGACUGCAAUGCCGUCAUGACCCUUUCCACACCGGUUCAGCUGCCCUGCACAGAGCUUCAUGUAGCAUCUUGGGAAAACAAAUCAUACCAGGAGAGGAGAGGAGACAUCAUUGCAUCCUUGAGGCUUCUUAUUGAAGGUGUGAAGGUGAUGAGGGCCCUGAGUACGCCAGGAUGUGGCACUUCACUGCUGCAGAGAUUGGAGAACAACAUCAACAACUACUUGGUCAUUCUCACACACCUUCAGCUGAGUGGGCCAGUGGAGACUCCAUCAUUGUCUUGUGUUCCUCUAAGGUCGCAGAGUCUGAGCACAGUCCUCCUGAGAUACAACCAACUGAUCUCAGGCAAACUGGAGAAGUUCAUGAUCAAUAUGGAAGACAGAUGCCCCCACAAGUGACACACUAACAACUUUGGUGGACCCAUUAUUCUUCACAAAUGACGGGAUGGAUUAAACUCGGGAGCCCCAAGUCAAUAAAUUCCACCAACGCAAAACAGCAGGAUUGAUCUGGACUUCCUCCUCACCCUGAAACGCCUCAUGUGUAAAAAGUCUGCUAUUGUAUCUUGUUAUUGACACUCACAUUUUAAGGGCAAAAAGCAGAAAUGUAUCUGCAAUGAUGAGCAUCAUGGACCAAUCGGAGGGAGGUAUCGUUGUAUCAUUCUACAUAAAGCUAAGGAUGCGUUGAAUAGAAUUUUAGGCCUUUACGACCAAUACAAGCCUACGAUCUACCAAAAGGCAAGUAGCUUCUCUUUUUACAUGUAGCUUAGAGGCAGCUUUGUCUCGACUUUACUGUUUGCAAAUGUAUUAAAAUUCAAAUGAUUGUUCAACGUUAAGAGAGCGAUCUCCAGCUUGAUCACAUGGCCAGAACAAAAAAAGUCUACUUGGUAUUUUUGGUUCAUGUUUUCACGAAAGAUUUGUUUAAGUCCUUUUAAAAUUAGUGGUACAAUGUGGUUACAUUGCUAGACAGUCAUUGCACUUAAAUUAAUAUACAUAAUAAUAAAAAACAUAUCGGCUACUUAUCAACAACACAUACUUAAGAAUAAUGAAGACUAGAAAAUAUUGCUGCACUCUACUGGUAUGAAUUUAAUAAGCACAUCUUUUUUGUUCUCAUUGCACUUUUAGAACUUAUAUCUGUUUAUAUUUUUAUUUCAAACAUUACGAUUUGCUGUAUAUAUGUACACGUUCCUAUAUAUUUCUUUUUUUAUCCCAAUGCAGCAAAUCCAUCAUAGUUUCUUCAUGAAUGUCUACAUGUAAAAUCUUCUAAGUACAUGUUUGCAACACUAUAUGAAUAUGAAUGUUGUUAAUGAUGACAAAAACCUUUACGAUGUACUAUGCAAUAAACAAUUAUGAUGUGUUAUACACCCA